UACUCAAACUGUGAGUGGUCAGUCCAGCAGGAUGAUGCUGCUGCUUCCACUGUUUUUAUGGAUACUGUUGGUAUCCAAUACCCUGGUUUCUACCCAAAGCCGUGACAAUCAUGUCCUUGACUUGGCACCACAGUUUAUCAUCCUAGUUCCAGCAAGACUGAGGCUUGGAACGAAAUUGAACAUCUUACUAGAGGCGCACAGCCUGUCCAAGCCAAUCACUGUCAAAGUCAUUGUCUAUACAUACCCGAGGAAAUACGUCCUGACACAGGACUCUGCCAUCCUCAAUUCAGAAAACAGCUACAGUGCUCUCAAAACCAUUGAGAUCAAUCCAAACCUGUUGCUUUUGGAGACAAAGAAGUAUAAAUUUGUUACACUGUUUGCUGAAUUUGGGAGUUUUCAUAAAGCUGAGAAAAUUAUCAUGCUGUCAUUCCGCUCUGGAUAUAUCUUCAUUCAAACCGAUAAACCAGUUUACAACCCUGGAGACACAGUUCAUUACAGGGCUUUUGUAUCCAAUCCUGAAUUCCAAGCUUUCAACAGCACAAUAUCGCUUGAGAUUCAGAACCCAGAUGGUAUUGUGAUACAUGGCAGAGCCAAUGCCAGUGCAAGCAACGGGAUCCUAUCUGAAAGCUACACCCUCUAUACUGUGGUCAAAGAGGGAAGAUGGAAAGUUGUGUCGAAGUUUGAUAAUGUUAAAGAAAACACAUUCAGCGUCGUGUUUGAUGUAAAGAAAUACGUUCUCCCGCCAUUCAAUGUCACUUUAACCCCAAAGAAAUCCUACUUAAGCCUAGAUGAGGAAAAGUUGGAAGUAGAAGUCACAGCCAGGUAUCUUCAUGGUGAACCAGUGAAAGGUGUUGCAUUUGUGCUGUUUGGUAUUGAAAUAAAUGGUGUGAAAAUGAGAAUAACAUCUAUGAAGCAACUGAACGAUCUAAAAGGAAAAACUGUUAGUUUGACUAUGGAGGAGAUAAAGAAGGCCUAUCCUGACACAAACAGCUUACUGGGGUCUUCUGUGUACGUCAAAGCAUCAGUAAUGACCAGCUCAGGUAGCGACCUUGUGGAAGCAGAGAAAUCCGGCAUUAAAAUAGUAAUUUCACCCUACGUGCUCUCCAUCAGGGACACACCAAAGUAUUUCAAACCUGGCCUGCCAUUAGGCAUAGUGGUUACAGUGAGUAACCAAGAUGGAUCUCCAGCCCCUAAUAUCCCUGUUGAAAUCAACUUCCUUCAAAAAUCAAUCAACACACACAGCGGCACUAUCAGGGUCUCCGUCAACAUGCCUGAUGAAGACAAGACACAUAUAUUGAAGGUAAAAACAGCUCUUCCUGGUGUGAAUGCAGAAAAGCAAACUUUAGAGGAGAUGCCUCUGGAGCCAUAUUUUGGUUUUGACGGCUACAGUAAGAACUACCUGCACAUCUCAGUGGGCUCCAACAAAGUGGCAGUGGGCAACAGUCUUAUCAUCAAAGUGUACAUUAAAACCGCCUCACCAGAACACAGAAAACUUGUGAAGCAGCUGACGUACACUGUUUUGAACAAAGGGAAAAUAAUAACAGCUGCCAGGGUAGAUGUAGGAUGCCAGGAUGUCACAAAUAUUCCUUUGCUGGUUACCACAGAGAUGCUACCUUCAUUCCGGCUGGUGGCGUACUAUAUGUUGCCAUGGCAACUAAUUGCAGAAGUGGUGGCAGACUCAGUGUUUGUGGAUGUGGAGGACCAGUGUGUAGGCUCACUCAGUUUAGGACCAGUGGAGGGAGAAAAACGCAAUUCAUACUCACCAGGCAGCAGCUUUCAUUUUGAAGUGAAAGGAGACCCGGGAGCAAAGGUCAGCCUGGUUGCUGUGGAUAAUGCCAUCUUUCUGUUGAGUAAAAACCAUCUGACGCAGAAGAAGGUGUGGGAGGUGGUGGGUCAGGGUGAUAUGGGCUGCACCGCAGGAGGAGGUAGGAAUAAUAUGGGUGUUUUCAGUGACGCAGGACUGGUGUUUUUUUCCAGCACAGGAGGAUCUACUGACUUUGGAUCAGGUCAUUGCGCCAAAGAAUCUAGGAGGAAAAGAUCCUUAAAGCAAAGAGCAACAAAAUGGGAACAAAGAGAGAAUCUGGAGAAGGUAUAUUCUGACGAGAUGCAGAGAUGUUGUGUGGACGGCAUGAGGGAGAUUGCCAUGCCAUAUUCCUGCUACCGCCGCUCCCUCUACAUCACCGAGGACUGGAGCUGCGUGUCGGCUUUCCUUUACUGUUGCGCAGAGUACAGAGGGGAGGAGCCCAGGGACUUAUUUCUUCCAAUGAGUGUGCAAGAGUUCGAUGAAGAUGAUUUAGCUGACAUAGAGGACAUUUAUGUGCGCACCAAGUUCUUUGAAUCGUGGCUGUGGACUGACAUCCGAUUACCCAGUGUUCCCAAGUCUGAUGGGUUGGCUGUAUUUCCAGUGAACACCACUCUUCCUGACAGUAUCACUCAGUGGGGGUUUCUAGCCAUCAGUGCCUCAACUGAGAUAGGUUUCUGUGUAGCUGAACCGCAUAACGUCCAGGCGUGGAAGCCGUUCUUCAUAGACCUGCGGCUGCCUUACUCAGUGUCCAGAAAUGAACAUGUGGAAAUCAAAGCUGUGGUCCACAACUACGGGAAUGAAAACCUGAAGGUAAUGGUGAUCCUGGAAAAGACAAAAUACAUGUGUAGUGUGGCAUUUAGCAGAGCUCACAGGCAGCAGGUUUUGGUACCGGCCGGCUCCUCCAAGCUCAUUUCAUACGCCAUCAUCCCUCUUAAAACAGGGGAGCUCCCUCUACAGGUCACAGCCAUUGCGCGUUCUUUUAUUGAAGCGGAUACAGUGAGGAAGAAUCUACGUGUGGUAGUAGAAGGCAUCCAGAGAAUCAAGUCAAGGAGCUUUGUGUUGAACCCCUCUGAGAAAGGAGACAGUGGUGAGCUUGCAGGGAGACAGGUGAUAAAAGUGGAGAAAAUGGAGUUAAAAUCAGUGGUACCAAAUUCAAAGCCUAAGGCAUUCAUCAAUGUCAGAGGUGAUUUGCUGGCAGACAGCAUUGAUAACUCCAUUAAGGAGGACUCUCUGGCAUCGUUGAUCCGGAUGCCCGGCGGGUGUGUGGAGCAGAACCUGGCCAGAAUCACGCUGCCACUCAUUGCCGCCCAUUACCUGGACCGCAGUGGAAACUGGGACGCUGUGGGAACAGAUCGCAGACAAGAGGCCAUCAAAUACAUUCAAACAGGUUAUGAAAAUCAACUUAAUUAUCGAAAAAAGGAUGACUCAUACCCUCCCUAUGCCAAAGAAGGCACCAGCACAUGGAUCACUGCGUAUGUGGUGAAGGUUUUCUCCAUGGUAAAAUCGUUUAUAAACAUCAAUGACAUGAAUCUGUGUGGCCCUCUGGUGUACCUGCUCAAGAAUAAACAGCGUCCUGAUGGAUCCUUUCAGGAGGACAAUCCUGUCUACGACACCAGUAUGAUGGGAGGUCUGCGAGGCUCUGAAUCCAGAGUGUCUCUGACCGCAUUCGUGCUCAUUGCUUUGGCAGAGGCACAAAAUGCUGUUACCUGCCAAGAGCCAGGCCUCAAAAUACAGGGCAAUUCCAGUAAAGCAGCGGAGUAUCUAAGGGAGAAUUUCCCUCGACUGAAGAGGCCGUACACAGUGGCUAUAGCAUGCUACGCUUUAGCAGUAUCCAACCAUGGCUGCAUGAAGAGCAUGCUGUUAAAGUUUGCCUCACCGGAUCGUACCCACUGGACUGACUCUGAUAAUCGCUUUUUCACACUGGAAGCUACUGGCUAUGCAUUGUUAGCACUGAUCAAAGAAGGUCAUAUGAAGGAGUCAGUUGCCCCUUUUCAAUGGUUAAAUGAGCAACGUGACAUCGGAGGAGGGUAUGGCUCAACUCAGUCUCCAUACCCCUUCACAGAUCUGACUCAGGCUCAGGCCAAGGUGGAAGCUCAGGCCACUCUUCCUCAUCAGCUGAUGGGGCCAGCUCUUGCUGGUCUACAUAGCAGGAUGGGCGUUUGA